UAUCAAACUGCAACUACAAUAACGUUGAACACUUGUUUACUUCAAAUGCAAUAAUAUAACUAAUUUUGGGAGAUUAUGGACCUGGAUUCGAUACCAGCGAGUCCUGAGACCCGGGAGGAUAAUGCCUCCAUAUCCACACAACAUAUCCGAAACAGAGAAACCUGUAAAUAUGGAAACCCGGCAGAUAAAUCAGGAAAUCAGAGAUUUCCGGCCGACGAGUUGGCCAGUAUAUAUAAUGCCGAUCGUCAGGACAGUUUGCAUGCUCUGCGAUUGCAAAGACAAGAUCGGGUAGUGCCUGCCACCAGUGAAUUUGUCUGCUUGAAGGACCUCCUGCUUGCCCAAUCCGAUCCCACGCCCGGAGAGGAAAUCGUCCAGAUGAUCCUGAGAGAUUUCUGCUCAUCUCCUACCUACGUGGAGGAGGAGGAUGUUCCCACCUGCGAAUCCCCGCCAUGGUUCAGAUUUCGCAAGAAAAGGAUUAGAUGCUACAGUAGGAGAAGAGUUUCCCAAAUGGAGGAUUUUGCUGCGGCCGUAGAAAACGAAGAAGAGGAUCGCCUAAGCUGCUCCUCAGAUCUCUCCGUGCAGGAGGAUCUCAAUAAUGCCUCUUCCACAGCCGCCGUUUGCAACUUGGAUGCCAAUACAUCGCAGAAGAUACAUGAGAACUUACAAAAUCUAAGUCAAUACUUUUCCUUAAGCAACACCAGUCCUUAUCCCAAUAAUGCCCAAACACCUGCUGUCCAAUCAAGGAUAGAUCUUCCUCCUAAGUCUCGGCGAGAUUCGGAGAAACCUUCGUAUUCCCGGGAACACAGCAACAAUUUUUCAGAUAAGAAUUCAUCUGCGGAGUGUACCCAUACUGAAUUAAUCAACCUAAAAAAUGACCUUCUCGAGAUCGGCUUCACUUUUGAAGCAUCUCAAAACUGUGAUAUUAAGCCUCAAGUUUCAGGACUCUUGGCUGACACUCUAUUUGGCGAUAGUAGAACAACUACCACAUUCAUGCACUCUCAACUUGAUAUAAAAUUGUGCGACGAUUGGUCUGACGCAGAUUCCUUCAUGGAACAGUACAACACAGAAAAGAUGUCUUUGGAUGGUGAGGAUUCUAAACCAAAGACCACUUUGACAAAUCAAAUUAAAACGGAAACAGUAGAUGUAAAGGAGGAAAACGCAGACACCCUUAUAUUAGACGACAUCCCAAUCAGCGAAUGGCAAACUCCAAUGGAUAUCCCCGAAGAGUCCAUUCAUGAAACCAAAAAGCCAACCCAAGAAAUUGUAAAGUUAGAGCCAAGCGAAGUGAUUUCUCAGAAAAUUCCUAAGGAUACUGUUCAAAAAAGUACCUCCCAAGACGCUGAUGACACGCAGUUCCUGAAAGGAAUCCAACUUGACGACUGGCAACCAUUGGAGAUUCCAGAAUUUAUUGGAUUUCGAACAGCGUCCAACAAACAAAUUGAGGUUUCCAAGGAAAUGCAAGAUCGAGCUGCCAAGUUGCUGGCUGACUUUAAAGAAGAUGAAACACAUCAGCAGAAGUAUGAACCAGAUAGCGUUGAGCCGAAGGUGUCAGAAGAGUUUGUUGGUUUUCGAACAGCCUCAAAUAAGCCAAUUGAGAUCACUGAAGAAAUGGAAAGUAAAGGAGCCAUGUUCAUAGCACAGUUUAAAACUACAGAACAACCAAGUCAAUCAAACGACGACGUGAUUCUUCAGGGGAUUGCUUUCAGUGAAUGGCAGCCAAUGGUUAUUCCAGAUGAUGUUCCAACUACCUCGAAAAAGCUUACUGCAGUACCUGAACAGAUCAAAACCCAGCAAUCAUAUCAUAGAAAUGAGGCUGAGCUUCCUGAAGGAAAGACCCCUACUAAAAAGCUGUCGAUGAACAUUCCUCAGCUUGUUGGCUUUCGAAAAACGGCCUACAAGUUUUUAGAAGUGUCUGAGGAAAUGAAAACAAAAGGCAAUAAGUUAAUCGAUGAAGUUGAAUCCGGUUUAUAUCAACCUAGUCAGAAACGUAAAUCAAGGACUCAAGAGCAUUCAGAGAAUCUAAGCCAAUGCGCAAGUGAAACCGAGUUUGUGGGAUUCCGAACAGCUUCAAAUAAGCCCAUUGAAAUAUCAGAUGAAAUGAAAAAGAAAGCUGCUAAGUUGAUAGCUGAGGUUGAGGCUGGAGAAAUGAAUCAAGAAAUCUCUAGUGCGUCUCAUGAAACCAUUAAUGAACCCAUAUUUGAAGGCUUUCGCACAGCCUCAAAUAAACAAAUUGUGGUUUCUGAAGAAAUGAAAAACAAAGCUCUGCAAUUAAUGGCUGAAUUUAAAUCUGAAGAUUCAAAUCUGCAAAACAAUUGUAUAGUAAAUCCAAUUGUUGAUCCAGCCUGUGUAGGCUUUUGCACAGCUGCAAAUAAACCAAUUGUGGUGUCUGAAGAAAUGAAAACUAAAGCUGCCAAAUUUAUGGCAGAAGUCCAAGCAGAAGAAAUCUCUAAAGAAAUGCCUUCUAGAGAUUGUCACACAGACAAAAACUUAACAAGACAAACCGAAUAUACUUCAGAAUGCUUUGGGUUUCGAACAGCUUCUAAUAAGCGCAUAGAAAUAUCCGAGGAGAUGAGAGUUAGAGCUGCCAAAUUGAUGGCUGAUGUGGCCGUAGUGAUGCCACCUGAAAUUCCUAGGUGUAAACCCACAAAUGUAGCUGGUAAACCUAAAGAAGGUGACUCGGACUCUACAGAUAGUGCUUCUGGUGAAGAGUUCCAUGGUUUUCCAAUAGACGAUGACUUGCCUUUUCCAAUGGAGGAUGACCUUUUCAACGACUCUGUUUUUCCCAGGCUAUCCCAGAGAACCCAAAACAUGUCCAAUAGUGCCGAUAACCCAAGUGUGGUCACACCCAAGCACAGAAGAGACACCUCCGAUGGCAUUCCAUCGAGUAAGAGGCGCCGCAGCGAAAGAAACUCGCCAGCACAACAAAAUCGUCCCCAGUGUAGCAGGCAACUGCAAAAGACUACCUCGUGCCACAGUGCUCUGACGCCGCAGGAUAUCCACGCCUCGUUAUCACAAGCGCUACUGGACAAGAGCAGCACGACUUCCGUGAUAGCUCGCCGGAAUUUGUCUCUUAGCAAAAGGAGCAAGCGGAUUAGCACGCCAACUGGAACUUCUGCGGAAAGUGCUGCCACUCCGGUUAAACCACGAUUUGCUCCCAUGCCAACUUUCACCAGUACGCCGCUCGCUGAUAGAAAUGUUAAUCUGGCCAAGGAGUCCACGAACAUAAGACAGAAUGCAGAGGAUAUGUCCCCAAUUUGCAUGCCUCCCAAUAAAUCUCGAAGACUUGGCUUGAGUCGGAGCCGCUAUUAGACUAAUCCCUUCUGAAUAUAAAUCGCCGGAAGAAGACCACAAGAGAGACCGUAAUGCCCACAGCCCACAAUCCAAAGGCAAAGAAGUAAUACUGGAGGUCGAAUGCCUUCGCCGGCGGUUCAUUAUCCCGCAUCAGGGUAUACACUCUCAAUUGAAGCAGCUCACGAAAGGAGUCCGCCUUCAUUUUGAUGUUAAUACCGUGCUCCUGCAGACGCCUCAUGAAGUCGCUGGUCAUUUGCAGAUAUGGUAAACUCUUGGCCACGCAAUAGGAUUCGAGGGCAUGGCCCACACUCUGACGAAUGAUGUAAAAGCGCGGCGUCUUCAGCAGAUACUGCUGCAUCAGGAUCAGCUCCAGGCGAUCCUCGUACAACACAUACAUAUAGUUCUUGUUGAGGCCAUCUCGAUUUGCUGUCAGAAAGGUGGCAUUGAGGGUCAAGCUGUUCCGUCGAAGAGCUUCGGGAAGAAAGGUUUUCGCCAGCAUUUGGAUCCUGUAGAAAUCGUCCUGCAGACUGGGGUACGGAGCAUUGGCCAGAUCCGCCAGAGUAUGGUACUCCUCUUCGUACAAUCCCGAUGUCAGGAUGCUGGACAGCGUGGCCAGAUAGACGUUGGUGAGUACAAAACCACUGAUUGUUAGAACAACAUGAAUGAGUACAUCUCUCCAACCCGUCACCCUGAUUGUUUGGUGGCAGUUAUACAAGAUGUGGCUGAGGCUAUACAGUAGGCACUUCCCGAUCUCGAUUCGUGCCCUUCCCGAGGUCAGAUACAGCAUUAGGGAGCCAUAAAAGACGGUCAAAGCCACGACCAACCACAGAGUCCAAGUGAAGGGUCGGGAGAAGUACAGAUAGCUAGAAAUUGGUCGGGCAUGUGGGACUAUGAAGUACUCGGUAAGGAUCGAAAGAGGUGCUGUGUGUGGCACCUUGAACCAGAUUUCCAAUGGUGUAAAAUAGCAAACAACAUCGAUAUCUUUCGUCAUCAGCAUCUCCACGAUGGCUUCAUAUGCUUCGUGUUCAGGUACAUCGGGCAAGGGUACACUCUCAAGAGUGGCAUUGUAGCGAUACGUAAACUCCUUGACAGCCGUGAACAAAUAUCCUGCCCGAACAAGAUCACCUUGAUCGUUGUGGUACUCGAAAUCGCGAGGCGCUAUUUUGGAUCGAAGAGUGCGAAUGGGAAAGCCCCGAAAAUUGCGAAUAAUCCCUCUUGUAUUGAGAUACUCGGAGAUAUUUGAGAGCUUAAUAGGUUGGAUGGAUGGAUAUGGUAGGUAGCUGUUGAAGUCCUGGCCGUAAAUCAAAAUCACAUUAACGAAACCCUUUUUAAAGCAGUAGCUGUAGAAGUCCUCUUUUAGAAACAAUGGUUCCCCUUUGCUCAUAAAUACUAUAUGCAGCUCAUGAAGUCCGUCCAACAAAUUGGGCAAGAAGUUGGCCACUUUGGGGUCCAGUCCAGAGUCCUUUAGAUCUACUAUGAUUAGAGCUCGUUCCGUAAAAUGUCCACGUAUUCGAAGAUUCUCACUAGCUUCAAUUUUUGAAGUAAGUUGAAUUCUGGGUAUGUCCACAUGGUCAAAACUGCCAAAAUCCUCAAAAUCAAUAAACACAUUGAGUUUUGUUCGAAGAGCCUGAUUAAGUUCAUAAAUCACUUGGCUGGGUUCCGAAUUUGGAGCACCAAACACACGGAUAAUGGUAAUAACCGACGCCAACAUAAGUGAGAACAUUUUGAUAAACACUAAGCUGUGAAAAUAAGCUUUUAUAGGUUUGGUUUAAUGCUCACAUGACAUGACACUAUCCUUUGCUACAACAUUUGUUAUGAUAAUUGACUGGCCAACAGGGGCACAAAAACAAUGAUUACUUCAAAAACAUUAUGAAAUGAAACGCGUAUAAAUUAGUCGUAAUUGCCUUUUGCUUUUAAUUGAAUUAAAUGUUUUUAUAAGUGACUUGCACAAUUAAAAAGACUCCCCCAAAAAGACCACGAAAGACAAAGCCAUUCCAAGCGUCCACAAACCAAAGGCGAAGAAGUAGAACUCGAGGUCAAAUGCCUUGGCCGGCGGCUCAUCAUCCCUCAUCAGGGUAUAUAUUCCCUGCUGGAUCAGCACCUGAAAUGUGUCCGCCCUCAUUUUGAUGUCAAUCCCGUGCUCGUGGAGUCGCCUCAUGAACUGACUGGCCAUUUCGAGGUAUGGUAAACUCCUAGACACGCAGUGGGCUUCGAGGGAGUAGCCUACUGGCUGACUCAGUUUAUAAAAGCGCGGCUUUUUGAGCAGUUCCUGCUGCCUAAGGACCAUUCCUAUUCGAUCAUCCGAUAUCCAGUACAUAUAGCUCUUGUUGAGGCCAUCGCGAUAGGCCGUCACAAUAGAUACGUUUAGAGAAAUGCUGUUUCUACGGAGAGCCUCCGGCAGAAAGGUAAAUGUUGUAUAAUACGUCCAGUGGAACUCGUCGUGCAGACUGAUAAACGGGGAUUUGGCCAGGUCCUCCAGUGUAUCGUACUCCUGUUCGUACAAUCCCGAUGUCAGGAUGCUGGACAGCGUGGACAGAUAGAGAUUGGAAUCCGAAUCAGGAGCACCAACGAAACGAAAAAGAACCGAUGCUAACAAAAAUAGUAACAUUUUGAUGGUUAAGCGGAGGCAAAAUGAAGCUUCUAAAAGUUUGCUGUCUAAAAGCAGACGGAAAAAAUAAUUGAUAAACUGCUGCGGAGGUAGUAUUACUAUAAUAUCGACUCAUUUACACCUUCACGAAAAAGAACCAUCACAAUAAAGCCGAGGUCGUAAAACAAUAAGGUUCAUUAUCCGGGAUAUAUGUUUCCUGCUACAUCAGACACCAAUGAGUGCAAAUUCUAGUAAAAUUCCCUGUAAGUAAAUUUUAAUUUCAAUUCAUACGCUAGAACUAAUCGUAAAUUGGGAUAAAUUUUUCUUUUUUUUUAU